CUUCACAUCAAUCGCCGCCAUGGAUGACCUCUACGACGAGUUCGGCAACUUUAUUGGCGAAGCGGAGUCCGACGAAGAUGCGCAGUCCACGGGCGAGGCAGCGGACGCCUACGUCCUCGACGACGAGGGCCAGGAAGAGGAGGAGGCGCAUGACCAGCAGCUUAUGGAGGUGGAUGAGGGCCCGUCGAACGCCGUGAUUCUGCACGAGGACAAGCAGUACUACCCCUCCGCGUCCGACGUAUACGGUCCCGAUGUCGAAGUGCUGGUACAGGAAGAGGACACGCAGGCGCUCUCGCAGCCUAUCAUCGAGCCGGUGGUUCAGAAGAAGUUCACCGUGCAGGAAGCCGAUCUGCCGCCGGUGCACUAUUCGCGCGAGCUCAUGACGGACUUGAUGAACUACCCGGAUCAGAUACGGAACAUCGCAAUUGCAGGGCACUUGCACCAUGGAAAGACGGCUUUCAUGGAUAUGCUGGUUAUGGAGACGCAUGACAUCCAGGACCGGCUAGAUGCGAAGAGAGGGAAGAAGAGGGAAGAGCAGCUGCGGUACACGGACGUCCACGUCGUAGAGCGCGAACGAGGGAUUUCGAUCAAGGCGGCGCCCAUGACGCUGGUCUUGCAGAACACCUCGUUGAAGUCGCAUUUGUUCAACAUCAUAGACACUCCGGGACACGUAAACUUCGCAGACGAGGUUGCAGCAUCAUUGCGACUGGCCGACGGAGUUGUUCUUGUGGUGGACGUCGUCGAGGGCGUGCAGGUCACAACGGAAUUGGCAAUCAAGCACGCCGUGCUGGAAGACCUGCCCUUAACACUAGUGGUCAACAAGAUGGACCGCCUCAUCCUGGAGUUGAAACUGCCCCCGAGGGACGCAUACUUCAAAGUCAAGCAUGUGAUUGAGGAGGUCAACACCGUCAUUGAGAAUACCAUCCCAGGCCGGGGAGAAAGCAGACGUGUAAGCCCUGAGAAAGGCAAUGUUGCUUUCGCCUGCACGAGCAUGCGGUGGUGCUUUACGCUGCAGUCGUUCGCGAAGAUGUAUGCCGAGUUUUACCCUGGGCCCUCUAAAGCGCCGGGUUUUGGUAAACCGAUGAAGAAUCUAGAUGCCGACAAGUUCGCCGUGCGCCUAUGGGGUGACAUAUUCUUCAAUCCCGGAAGCCGCAAAUUUAGUCGCAAGGGACAAGAAGAGAACUCUCAGCGAUCCUUCGUCUACUGGAUCCUGGAGCCCAUCUACAAGCUUUACGCGCACACGCUCAGCGAAAGUGCGGAAGAUCUGAAGGACACGCUCGAUCAGCUGGGCAUUCGCUUAAAGCCGUCCGAGUACAAGACCGACGCAAAAGAGCUCAUGAGGCUUGUGUGCCAGCAAUAUUUCGGACCAUCUAAUGGCUUCGUGGAUAUGAUCGUGCAACACGUCCCAUCACCAGCAGAUGGUGCAAAGCGGCUGCUGGAAAGGCACUACACGGGCCCUUUGGAUACUAAGACUGCGGAAGCCAUGGAGAGGUGUGACCAAGACGGACCCCUGGUCAUUCACGUCACGAAGCUUUUCAACACCACGGAUGCGAAGUCCUUCCACUGCUUAGGACGUGUAUUGAGCGGUAUUGCCAAAUCGCCACAAUCCGUGCGCGUCCUAGGUGAAGGUUACACGCUCGAAGACGAAGAAGACAUGGUAGUUGCGACAGUCACAGACACAUGGAUCGCUGAGUCGAGAUACAACGUCCCUACAAGCGGCGUCCCAGCAGGCAACUGGGUGCUCCUUGGUGGUGUGGACAACUCCAUUGUCAAGACGGCCACAAUCGUUGCACAGAAACUGCCCGAUGAUGAAGACGCCUACAUCUUCCGGCCAAUUCGCCAUUUCUUCGAAUCCGUCUUCAAAGUUGCCGUUGAGCCCAUCAACCCCUCCGAACUCCCCAAGAUGCUUGACGGUCUCCGCAAAAUCAACAAAUCCUACCCACUUAUCACAACUAAAGUCGAGGAAUCUGGCGAGCACGUCAUCCUGGGCACCGGCGAGCUGUAUAUGGAUUGUGUGCUACAUGACCUACGUCGAUUAUACGCCGAUAUGGAGAUAAAAGUCUCCGAUCCAGUGACCCGCUUCUCCGAAACCGUCGUCGAAAUGUCAGCCAUCAAAUGCUACGCCCUCACACCAAACAAGAAGAACAAGCUCACCAUGAUCGCCGAGCCACUCGAUCCUGGCAUUGCAGAAGAUAUCGAAGCCGGCAAAGUCAGCAUAAAAGAUCCCGUGCGUGUGGUCGGAAAAUUCUUUGAAGAGAACUACGGUUAUGACUUGCUCGCAUCCCGCAACAUCUGGGCAUUCGGUCCCGAUGACAUGGGUCCCAAUAUCCUCCAAAACGACACUCUCCCCUCAGAAGUAGAUACCAAGACGCUCCGCUCAGUCCGCGAUACCAUACGGCAGGGAUUCAGCUGGGCGACGCGCGAAGGACCGCUCUGCGAAGAACCGAUUCGGAAUACAAAGUUCCGCAUCACAGACGUCGAGCUCGCAUCAGAAGCAAUAUUUCGUGGUGGCGGCCAGAUCAUUCCGACGAGUCGACGCGCGUGCUAUUCUAGCUUCCUGAUGGCAAGCCCUAGGCUAAUGGAGCCUGUAUAUAGCUGCAGUAUGAUUGGCCCCGCGGACACGAAAAGCAGUUUAUACACUGUGCUCGCCCGACGGAGAGGCCACGUCCUGCAGGAUGGUCCCAUAGCGGGAACACCACUGUACAACGUCCGCGGUCUCAUCCCCGUCAUCGACUCCUUCGGCUUCGAGACCGAUCUCCGGAUCCACACACAAGGCCAAGUCUCCCUCUCCCUCGUCUUCGACCGCUGGUCCAUCGUUCCGGGUGACCCGCUCGACAAGGAAAUCAAGUUGCGACCGCUCGAGCCCGCCGCUGCACAAGCACUAGCGAGAGACUUCGUGCUUAAGACGAGGAGGCGCAAGGGGCUCGCGGAGGAUGUGACAAUCAGUAAGUUUUUGGAGCCGGAGCUUUUCAGGAGUUUGAAGGAUAGUGGGGUGUUGGAUGGAGGGCAGUAGUGAGGAGAAGGGGAUGUGUAGGAGUGUAUGAUAUACAACCUCCACUGGCGCUUUUAGGGUUAAAAUAAGUACGAGUGCGGAGGAAAACAGGAGGGCGCUAUUGAAUAUACCCAUUGGAAGUUUUC